AUGCCUUCCCUUCCCACUCUGAAAAGCCUAGGGAAGAUCUGUGGCUCGGGACGCAGUCAACAGGUGAACCGCACCAGGAUCAAACGCAGGAACUCUGUCAAACGAAUGUCAAUCAUAAAGGACGGUCAUGUGGUGGAGGUGCUGUACCUCAUCCCAAAACAGUCCAUGAUGCAACAGCUGCCGUUCAUUAAUCCUGAUGACUACUACCUGACUGAGAGCCUGGAACCUGUGGCCCAUACACAGGAAACUCACCAACAGACGGAGAAGCCUUUGAUAUGCUGUGCUAAAUGUGGAGAGGUUUGCAAGGGAGAGGUAUUACGAGUGCAGGCUAAACACUUCCACAUCAAGUGCUUCACAUGCAAAGUAUGUGGCUGCGAUCUGGCACAGGGUGGAUUCUUCAUGAAAAAUGGAGAAUACCUGUGCACUCUGGACUACCAGCGUAUCCAUGGCACCCGUUGUAACAUCUGUGGAGAGUUUGUGGAGGGAGAGGUGGUGAACGCACUCGGAAAGACCUACCAUCCAGCGUGCUUUGUGUGCACAGUCUGCAAGAGGCCGUUUCCUGCAGGAGACAGAGUGACGUUCAAUGGUAAAGACUGUCUGUGUCAAUACUGUGCAGAGCCAAUGUCUCCUGGACCCACCAAAGAUGUCACAGGACCCAGCAGUUGUGCGGGCUGUGGCAGAGAUAUUAAGAAUGGUCAGGCUCUUUUGGCUCUAGAGAGUCAGUGGCAUUUGGGCUGUUUUAAAUGUAAAUCCUGUGCCAAAGUUCUGACUGGAGAAUACAUCAGCAAAGACGGCACCCCCUACUGUGAGAAAGAUUAUCAGGUCCUGUUUGGUGUGCAGUGUGAGGCGUGUCAGCAAUUCAUCACUGGGAAAGUACUGGAGGCAGGAGACAAGCACUACCACCCCAGCUGUGCUCGUUGUAGCAGAUGUAAUCAGAUGUUUACUGAAGGAGAGGAGAUGUUCCUGCAAGGAUCAACUGUUUGGCAUCCAAGCUGUAAACAUUCACCUAAAGGCGAAGAGAGACAGAGGCCGACACGCUCAUCGUCCGAGAGUAUAUGUUCCAGACCUGGUUCAAGCAUACCUAGCUCACCGGGUCACACCAUAUAUGCAAAAGUAGACAAUGAAAUCCUUGAUUACAGGGAUUUAGCAGCCAUUCCCAAGGUCAAAGCCAUUUAUGACAUUGAGCGUCCAGAUUUAAUCAACUACGAGCCACUUUACACCACCUCACUGGAUGAGGCAGAUGAAAGAGAGAAUGUGGGAGAGCUGCAGAGCUCCAGGAGAGACUGUUCCCCCAUGCCAGAUGACAGAACCAGAUCACCCACACAGACUGCUGAGGGCUAUUAUGACAUGAGGGAACGAAUCCUCCAGAGGUCUACGAGUCAAGGGUCCAUUGUCUCACCCAUUUACAGCCGCCAAAAUUACACACCCACCCUUUCACGCUCGCCUCAGCACUUCCACAGACCUGAUCAAGGGCUGAACAUCUACAGAAAACCACCGAUCUACAAACAGCAUGCUGCCUUUGCAGCCCAGAGCAAGUCUGCUGAUGACAUCAUCAAAUCGGCCAAAUUCCCCUCAGCAUAUGCCCCUGGUCCAGACUACCCAGCAAAGAUAGAGACAGAGUGCUGGUCCUUCCCAAUCGCCCAUGCUGCCAUAGGGACAGACGGCAGGAGAAGAUCAAGAGAGGAGGAUGAAGAGGAGCAACAGAAACGCAGACAACUUCAGGAGGAACAUCUCAACAAGAUCCAGUCUGGUUUGGGCAAGAUGAUCCUUAAAGAGGAGAUAGAGCAAGAGAAGAUCCGAGAGCGUCACGCACAGAGCCUGUCGGCUCAACGCUCCAGUAAUGCAGAUCAAAGUUCACCUUCUAAAACAGGCUCACUUCCUGGAUAUGGGCGACACGGACUGCAUCGGCCUCAGUCGACUGAUUUCACUCAGUAUAACAGUUAUGGAGAUGUUUGCGGUGGGAUGAAAGAGUUUCAGCCCCUGUAUGAUGGCCAUCGUUCAACCACCAGAAUGGACAGAGGAGUGUCUAUGCCUAAUAUGUUGGAACCAAAAGUUUAUCCAUAUGAAAUGCUCUUGGUUACCAGCCGUAGUCGCUCUAAACUGCCCCGAGAUGUGGACCGAACCCGACUAGAGCGCCACCUUGCUCCAGAGAUGUUCUUUGAAAUCUUUGAGAUGGAAAUUCAGGAAUUCGACAGGUUACCUCUCUGGAAACGCAAUGAAUUGAAGAAAAAAGCCAAGCUCUUCUAACCAGGAUAUAUAUAGAAAACAUUUACACUCGCUCACAUUAUGUAUCAUAAUGCUUUUUACUGCUGUUCAUUUCUUUGUUGUAAGCUCGGAGGUCAAAGCUAAAUGCAAAAAUUAAGCUGCAAGAACGUUCCAUGCUGCAAUAUCAUCAUAUGUUAUCAGUUCAAUCCAAACAUUGCUGAUAUACUGCAGAAUUCUCAUCUCUCUAUUUGUUCAUGUCUCUGUCACUUAGUUUGUUUUUUCCUCUCCCAGAAAACAGUCUUCCUCUUUUUGUUCCAUGUUCUUCUUGCAUAUCUUAGUCAAUCUUGCUCAUGCAGGUAAGAAUGUUGUCUGAUAAUCUAAUUCUUUGUAAAUUUGUAGUUACAAUCUAUUUAAUUCACUGUGUUCCACUAAAGACCUCUUUGUUUGCAUCAGUUGUUUUUGUUCUGGGAGGGAUUGUAGAUGCUAAUACUAUGUGUAUGUGUGUGUGUGUGCCUGUGUCUUUGUAUCUGCUCAUGUUAAACAGUUUUGAAUGCUUUCAAAGAGACUUAAUCCAUAUCGGCACAUAUCCAUCCAUGUAUUCACCCUUUACUGCUGUAUCAGACUCUUAAACAUCUGUUAAUUAAAGAUUUCUGUGCCACUAGCUGCACCAAAAAGAAAUAAUGACAGUUUUUGAACUUUCAAACAUCCAUACUUCUAUUAUUCAGUCGAACAGAUAGUGCCGUCUGAUGCAGUCGUUGUUAUGUCCAGCCCACUUGGGCCCCUCAAACAAACAGAUUGCAAUUGAAUGCCACUAGUGGCGUAGAAAACACACUUUAAGCUUUCUGGUUUUAUUUUAAUUGUAAAAUCAAUACUGAUGUCCUUUCCCUAGCAUACUGUAUAGUUAAAUAAUAGAAUACAAAGGUAAACAAUAAACUGCAUUUGACUUUCCUGAAUAAAGUUGACACACACUGCCAUCUGUAUUUCUGAGUAAAGGGAAAUGUUUCAAUGUGCACCUCUCAGCUCAGCCAAAGGCAUUCAAAUACAAAGAUGCUCUAUAAAUUGUUUUAAUUAACCCUGACUAAUCGAAUCAGAUGUCGUAUUAUUGUAUUGUUGAGUUCAUCAUGCACAAUACACUUGUACAUUGAAUUCUUAGCAGGACCAAAUGGAAAGUCUACUUCCUCUGCCUCUAUCUCUCUUUCUCAUUCCGUGGAACCUAUAAUAGCAUUGAAUGAAAAUAUUUAAUUGCUAGGAAAUUUAUAUGUGUCAUUCCAACUAUGGAGAAACCUAUAUUUUCACGUGCCCAUCGUAUGUGUCUUCCAAACUUUUGGUGGCCAAAAGUUUGGAAUAAUGUACAGAUGUUGCUCUUAUGGAAAGAAAUUGGUACUUUUAUUCACCAAAGUGGCAUUCAACUGAUCACAAUGUAUAGUCAGGACAUUAAUAACAUGACAAAUUACUAUUACAAUUUGAAAAACAAUGUACUACUUAAACUACUUCAAAGAGUUCUCAUCAAAAUAAACUCCAUGUGCAGCAAUGACAGCUUUGUAGAUCCUUGGCAUUCUAGCUGUCAGUUUGUCCAGAUACUCAGGUGACAUUUCACCCCACACUUCCUGUAGCACAUGCCAUAGAUGUGGCUGUCUUGUCGGGCACUUCUCACGCACCUUACAGUCUAACUGAUCCCACAAAAGCUCAAUGGGGUUAAGAUCCAUAACACUCUUUUCCAAUUAUCUGUCGUCCAAUGUCUGUUUCUUUGCCCACUCUAACCUUUUCUUUUUGUUUUUCUGUUUCAAAAGUGGCUUUUUCUUUGCAAUUCUUCCCAUAAGGCCUGAGUCUUCUCUUUACUGUUGUACAUGAAACUGGUGUUGAGCGGGUAGAAUUCAAUGAAGCUGUCAGCUGAGGACAUGUGACCCUAAAGCUGAUCUGGCUUAUGAACGUCAGUAUGAGCAUCAGCAGACGUACCAUGUGAUCCCUGAGGUCAUUAAGAACUUCCUGCAGUAUUUCCAUAAAACCAUCUCUGACCUGAUCGACCAGAAG